UAAUCAGUGACGCUGCCACAGGAGACGAUGGUGGACAGUCCUGCAGUAGGUACUGCUUGUGUUCCUCUCACUAGGUCUGGAAGGCAUCCCGAGCCUUGCCUUAGCCCAGCACUGUCACACCUCACCUGACGUAGUGCCAAGCAGGAGUGUUGUAUACCACGAAGAGACAUCUGGAGUAAAAAAUAUGUCGGCAACCUUGUUCUUGCAGCCUCUCAGUGGCUUUGAGGGAAUCAGUGUUGAGGCUUUCUAAGAAACAUACACUUUAGCCGCCUGGAUCCCCACUGACCAGUGUUGCCCAGGAAUACGUUAGAGCUUCACGUGGGUGCCGUUGAAGGUGGAGGUGGAGGUUGAAUGGCGGCAAACAACUAGUCUUCUACCUGGCUAUUGCUUCCACUGCAUGCAGGACUUUGGUGGGUGUGUGAGGAAAUGUUUGAGUCGUUCGAACAUUAAUUUGGGGAUCGUUAGGAAUCUGAAGGUUGUAACUCAUGGCUCCUCCAGAUGGAAGUGUGGUAACCCACCAGACGCCUGUCUCACCAGCUGUAAUAACACCAUUAUCACCUGCAUGGUACCGUCAACCCAGCUGUCUUUAUAUUCACCGACACACUUAUCUCCAUGCAAUCGCACAACUACCACGCCCACAUAGAUUGCCACGCCAACACCGAAUACCACGCCCACUCCGAAUACCUAGACAACAACGGCUACCACGCCCACAUCGACUGCCACGCCAAUACCGGCUCCCACGGCCACACCAAUCACCACGCUUACACCGGUUUUCACGCACACACCGGCUGGGUCUGUGUGUUUCUCUGUGUGUUUGAGAGAGAGAGAGAGAGAGAGAGAGAGAGAGAGAGAGAGAGAGAGAGAGAGAGCAUCCGCCUCUUAACCAGCUUCACACAGUAAGUCACAGUUCAGCGAGUCAGUGACACACUGGAGACAAUGGUGGACAGUCCUGCAGUACUGCUUGUGUUCCUCGCACUGGGUCUGGAAGGCGUCCCGAGCCUCGCCUUGGCCCAGCACUGCCACGCCUCACCUGACGUACUCGUGUCAACCGGGAGUGUUGAUCCAGUUUACUAUGAAGUGAUAUCUGGAGCAAAAAAUAUGUCGGCAACCUUGUUCUUGCAGCCUCUCAGUGGCUUUGAGGGAAUCAGUGUUGAGGCGUCCGUAGAUACGGACACUUUAUCCGCCUGGUUCGCCACUGACCAGUGUUGCCCAAGAACACUUCAGAGCUUCACGUGGGUGCCGUUGAAAAUGGUGGUGGAGGUUAAAUGGCAUACCGUUAGUAUUCCACCUGGUUAUUACAUCCACUACAUGCUGGACUUUGGUGGAUGCGUGAAGGAAUGUAAAAAGCAUUGGAGCAUUAGUAUGGAUAUCGUUGGGAAUCUGAAGGUUGUAGCUCAUGGCUCCUCAAGAUGGAAGUGUGACAGCCCACCACACGCCUGCCUCACCAGUUGUAAUAACAUCACCUCCAGCACCACAACCUGCCAGGAACCAUCAAUCCAAUUUCCUGUAGAUUCACCGUCAUACUCAUCUCCAUGUAAAGGCACACCCAUGCCGGCUGCCACGCCUACACCGGCUACCACGUCCACACCGACUGGUUCGUCUUCAACAGUUGUCACGAACAUACCAGCUGCCACGCCCACAUCCCGAGUCGGGUCUUCCUCAGCCAGGACCACUGAUGGCUGUGUAUUAAGGUUAAGACGGCCGGCAUCCCUUCCAUCCCCGCCCCGCCACCACCGCAACAGUUCUGUCCGCAUCAGUAUGAACUCCUUGUACGAGGCUUAUAGUGGCCCUGAAAGCCUGCAGUGAACGGCGGUACGAGUGUCUGGUACACCCAAGGGCCCGUAUGCUGAGACGCUUUGUUCUCUCAUCACUGCUGUUUUCAAAGGCCACACUGGUGAUUGCCUGGAUUCUUGAAUAUUUUUUCCUGUAGUAACUUUGAAAUUUUGUUAAUUUAUCACUAGAAUCGUUAAAAAAAACACUCUUAGAUUAACAGUAUGCCUUCAAUUACAACCUUGAGAGUAGUGGAGGUGAGGCGAGAGUCGCGUCUGAAUGUACAUACUUACAUAAAAGAUCAAUCUGUUAUACUUUAAUUUGAUUUCAGAUAAGUUUCUUUCAUAACGUAUGGUUUUCUUCCUAGACAAAUAUAUGCUGUGUUAUACACACUGGCCAUGCCCUGCACCCCUCCAUGCACCCCAGUAUUUCCACGUACUCUGAGGGGCACCAUGCACCGGGCUGACCAUCACAAGAUAAGAUGUUUCACAAUUAUUAACAUUUUUUGGUUUAGGUUUAUGUUUGAGGUAUGUCCUUGUAUGUUCUCCUUUUUUAGCUUUCAAUACAUGUUAUCAUCAUUACUCUAUCAUUUCUUGUUCUUGAUCUGUGCCUGUUCGUUUCGCGUCAACAGUUGUGAAACACUCUGUGGUGAUUACGGAUUGGUACUAGAUAUGUUGUGUGCCUUGAAAUGUUGCUCUUGUUCAUCAGUUUACUCUAAGUUGAGAUGAGUUUGGCCACCGUGCUCUACACUGUAUUGUUUGGGCUAAUGAAUCAUAGGGGCGUUUACUGCCUCACAAUUAACCUCUUCAGUACCGUGACGCGUUUCCAUAUUCAUUUUGCUUACUAUUUGAUGAUUUUGAACAGCUUCAGAAACUCAUGAGGGGAUUAAAAUAGUGAAGACUGUAGCCAUGAAUCUUGUGACCUCGCUAAACCCCUUCUAAUGUCAAUAAAAUGGUGUAAUCGAACACAAAUUUCAAGAUAAAAAUGUCUCCCAGUAUUGAAGGAGUUAAGUGGAUCUCUUCAUGCGUAGUACAUACAUACAUAGGUUCUUAAUGUCUAUUCUGGAAUAUGAGGAUGUUACAAGGUUAGAGCAAAUACAGAGGCGUCACCUUCAUAAGCAAAUUAAGUGACUGUUGUUUUGAGCUAUUUCUAAAUUUUUUCCCCUCAGUCAAGUAAUCAAGUAAUCCCUUAGUUUUGCCUAACUCUCUCGGACCUGCAAGGGGAUUGGCAACUGAGUGAGCUCCCCGCCCCCUUGUUUUUUUUUUUACGUUUUAUGUUGAUCUUAACCAGUGUUCCUCUCUUACAUAAAAGAAAUGUUGAGUGUCUGCUGGCAUAGUCGUCUGUGUCCAGUCUUGGGCCUGUAUUCUGGAACGCUUUGCUCUCUCACCGUCACUGCUUUCCAAAGGCUCUAGUUAAUGAUACUUAUGUUUUUAAGAGUAUUUUUAUGGUUCUGGUGAUAGAUUGGCAAGAUUUCUAGUGUAUCGUAAGGAGAAACACCCUUAAAAACCCUGCUAGUGGUGUGUGUGGCCUUGGAAAACUGUCGUAGUGAGAGAGCAAAGUGUAUCUCAAUAUGGCUGUUGGUGUGACAGGGAAGGAAUUCACCUUAACUCUUCAACUUCCCAUUGGUACGACACUUUAAAAAAACAACAACUCAACACUAUGAAGGAAAGUCCAUUAUUAUUAUUAUUAUUAUUAUUAUUAUUAUUAUUAUUAUUAUUAUUAUUAUUAUUAUUAUU